AUGCAGAGAGAAGAGGCCCUGAUGGCCAGAUCGUCGGGUCGCGAGGCCUUGAAUCAUGCGAUUGCCGCUGCCGACUUGUACAUGAAGGCUGCCAAAGAAGCCACUUCAUCCGCCGACCGCGUUCGUUUUAGAAAAAAGUGCGAGGGGCUCAUUACUCAUGCUGAGCAACUCAAGUUCUCGUCCAGGAACGCUCCUGCGACCACAACCAAAGCUAUGGCUGUCAUCACCUCGACAUCGAACCCUGAUUGUCAGGUGCGCCAGAUACCUUCCAGCGAGCGGGCCAUUCUACUGCGCUCCUCUCGCUUGCACGGCAACAUCUUCCCGCCCUGGCAGUCUGACCCUGUUGACAGCACUUUCUCCCUGCCUGAAGAGGAACAUGUCUUCUCUGACCCGGCAAAAUACACCAUGUCUCCUCGGCAAGAGUCUAUCCUUGAAGGCUGGAAACGACCCGUGGAGCAUGCCAGAGAAGAAACCGUAGACAGGGAUUUCAUGGCCUCGGAAAGCGAUUGUGACCUUGUCCAAGAUGUCACAACGGAUUGCUCAGUUGUAGCCAGUCUGUGUGCUGCCAUGAAGAUUCUCCAAGGUGAUAGACGGUCGAUCCUCAGUUCUAUCAUGUUUCCAUAUGACCACGGUAAAAGGCGACCCAAAAUAUCUCAAAAUGGCAAGUACAUGUUCCGCAUGCACUUUAACGGUUGUUUUCGCCAGGUCGUUGUGGAUGACCGGCUACCUGUCUCCCGGAAUAACCGUGCCUUGUUUGUCGUUGAUCGCAAGAAUCCCAAUUUGCUCUGGCCCGCCCUCUUAGAAAAAGCUUAUCUCAAGGUCCGUGGAGGCUAUGAUUUUCCUGGCAGCAACUCAGGCACAGAUCUAUGGGUUAUCACCGGGUGGAUACCUGAACAGUUGUUUCUCCAGAGCGAGGACGUUGACCUUGAAGGCACAUGGGACAGCAUCAGGGAGGCGUAUCAUGCUGGCAACCUUAUCAUCACAUUGGGCACUGGGCGGCUGACCCAAUCGGAAGAAGAUGCCCUAGGCCUUGUUGGUGAGCACGAUUAUGCAGUACUGGAGAUUGAUUGCGCACCUGGAGCCCGCCGGCUUCUUGUGAAGAACCCGUGGUGUGAUGGUCUUGUCUGGAAGGGCGUCGGGUCAUCCGGACUUGUCGAAAAAUCGGCGGCCAUGUCGCUGGUGAACACGUCUGUGUCAGUCGAGCCAGCGUCGUCGGUGCAUUCAAGGCCAGUUGGCUCUUUCUGGAUUUCGGUCGAGGAUGUUGCCCAAAACUUCGAGUCCAUGUACCUCAACUGGAAUCCGGACAUGUUCACACACCGGCAGGAUCAUCACUUUACGUGGCGCGUGCCGACCAAGAAUAUGACAUCCUCCCUCGCACACAACCCGCAAUACUCAGUACUCUCACGUAGCGGAGAGACAGUAUGGAUCCUGCUGAGCCGACACUUUGCAGAUGAAGAGCUCGACAUUGCACGCAGCAAGUCGGCUUCUUUAGCGGCGGUAUCAAGGCAGCUAGGCUUCACGAGCAUCUUCAUCUUUGAGAGCGGAGGUAAAAAGGUGCAAGUGAGAGAGGGCUUCGUGUACCAGGGUCCCUAUGUGGACUCGCCGCAGACACUGGCCAAGUUUAAGCUUCGCCCCGGCAAGCCCUAUACUAUUGUCAUGGCCCACCAGGACCUGCCGCUAGACGCCUACUCGUGCACGUUUACUCUCUUCUCGCGGGCGGCCCUCGAGGUUAGGCCUGCCGAGGAAGAGAUGCUGCACUACAAAGAGUUUUCGAGUGCCUGGACGAGGAGGACUGCGGGAGGCAACGCCUCGUUCAUCACGUACUCACAAAACCCCCAGUUCAGCAUACUAAUUCCGAGAGCCACGCCGCUUUCCAUUCUUCUUUCGUCAGGGGAUCGGGAGGUGGCCAUCCACGUCGAUCUGGUUUGGGCUCACGGCAAGAGAGUCACAUCAAUUGGCGUCAAGGAUGUUGUGUCCAGUUCUGGCGACUAUCGGAGAGGUAACGCUCUCGUGCAGGUUCCCUUGGUGGAGCCUGGCACUUAUACCAUUGUCUGCUCGACGUGGGAGCCAGGACAACUUGCCGACUUUGGUAUGCGCGUAGGCUCUCAGGUGGAAUGCGAGAUAAAGCCCGUUCUGAGCGACGGCGCUGGCCUAUUGCGGACCCGCACACCGGCCAUCGCCUUCAGUGAGGGAGAAGAAAAAAGACGAGCGCCCGUCACGGUGACAAGACUCUCUCGGGCCCAAGUUGUUGCCCGUUGCCCUCUCUUAACUGCACGGAACGGUCAACAUAUCCCAACGACAGCCGUCCGCAUCUCCCUCGUGUACGGAAGGGGACCCGAGGAAUCGGUGCUUGCCAUUUCGGGCGGUGGCGAGUUCCGGGAGCUUACAAUGGCAGUCCGAACACCUGAGUUCGACCUCGAGCCUGACCGUCUACGACAAGACCAACUAUGGCUCGUCGUGGAACAGCUCGGAAGCCAACAAGGCCGCCAAGGCAUCGAAGUGGAGUUUCUCAGCGACAAUGCGGUUCACGUCGGUGACUGGCAAAUCGUCGAUGGUUAG